AUGCUUCGCUCCUCACGACAACUCAUGCGCUUGGCUCCUCGCUUGCCCGCAGUUCCCGCAGCUCCCAAGACUACAUCCUUCUCGACGAAAACUCCAUAUGCUGCCUUGCAGAGUCCAAAGCGAACAUCGCUAGCUAUCCAAGGGCGUCUGACGCCUAUGGCUCUCCAGGCACGAUACACAAACUCCCCCUACGACAAAAUUGACAAGAAGGCCGAGAAAGAAAUAGCCAAGAAGAAGCUGGAGCCGCGUCCCGAGGAGGUUUCCGCCGAGUCGUCUACGAGGAAAUUCUGGGAGCCUGCGCCGGCAAACCCCCAGAACGACGAGAACCUCUCGGGUGGCCUGAAGAAGGAAGUGAACAUUGUUAGGGACACAUUCAACCUCAGCGAGGUUCCAAGGGAACCCUACGCACUCGGUCUCGCCGGCACCCUUCCCUACCUUGCGACCUCACUGAGCACAGUCUACCUCACCUGGGACCUCAAUGUCGAAUGGCCUUCGUCGUCGACCUUUGCAAACAAUGUCUUCAUGAACCACGAGUCGGCUCAAUACUGGCUGAAUCUGCUCGAGCCCAUCCAGCUUGGAUACGGAGCAAUCAUCAUUUCCUUCCUCGGAGCUGUCCACUGGGGUAUGGAGUACGCCGAGAAGACACCGCAUCCUCGCCGCACCCCCUUCCGCUACGGGAUGGGUGUUCUCGCCCCCAUGAUCGCUUGGCCUUCGCUUCUCAUGCCGAUUGAAUAUGCACUUACCUCGCAAUUUGCUGCCUUUACCUUCCUUUAUCUCGCAGACGUUCGUGCCAAGAACAAGGGCUGGACCCCUCAAUGGUACGGAGUCUACCGCUUCGUCUUGACUGCCAUCGUCGGCGUCUCUAUUUUCGUCAGCUUGGUUGGCCGUACCAAGGUUGGCAAUGCGCAGCCACACAUUGGCCAAGGUCUGGCUGAGAGCAUGCACAAGGGCAAGAGCGACGAGUCUCGAGACUGGGGGAAGCUCGAAGAGGAAGAGAAGAAGCGCCUGAGAAAGGAGAAGGAGGAGGAAGAGAAGGGGAAGAAAGCCGAGGAGAAGAAGCGCAAGGCUGAGGAGAAGAAGACUGCCAAGAAGGGCGAGUCCAAGGGAAAAGACAACAAGGAGGGUGAUGAGAACAAGAAAGACGAGUCCGAGUCCAAGGACGAGAGCAAGGGCGACAAGGAAAAGAAGGAGUGA